AUGACCAUCUUCCGCAUCGCCGUCACAUCCGACACCGUCUGCCCAUGGUGCUACGUCGGUCGUCGCCAGCUCCAAAAGGCGCAAAAGCUCUACCUUGAGAAACAUCCCACAGCUAAUGACUCCUUCGCCGUCACCUAUUCGCCUUACCAGCUGAACCCUCAUUCUCCAUCCGGUCCCGGCCACAGCAAGGACAAGCACCAGUUCUACCUGGACAAGUUUGGCGCGGAACGCACGUCGAUGAUGCAGCAGCGCCUCUCUGCAGUCGGAGACCAGCUCAACAUUAAUUUCAAAUUCGGUGGCAAAACGGGAAACACGCGAGAUUCACACCGAUUGGUUCAUCUUGCAAAGAAGCAUGGCAACGAGGUUGAACUAAAGACUGUGGAUGGGCUUUUUGCCGCGUAUUUUGAGAACGAGCAGGACAUCACGGAUUAUGAGACGCUCAGGAAUGUAGCCAAGAACGCGGGUAUUCCUGACGAGGAGUUUGAGAAGGCGAUUGUGGAGGGCGAUGAAGGCGGCAAGGAGGUUGAUCUUGCGGUGAGAAGGGCAGGGCUCGAUGGUAUCACUGGUGUGCCGGAUUAUGUUAUCCAGGAUAAGUAUAGGAUAAACGGUGGUCAGGAUGCAAGUGUAUUUGUGCAGGCGUUUGAGAAGAUUAAGGAGCUGGAGAAGGAGUAG